UUGAGCGGAUGGCAUAUCUUCAAUAUCAGCAGCAUCUUUGAUCUCAAGAAUGGCUGCAUGCUUGCACGUGCCGCUCGGCCAUGACUUCUCCCAGCUCUGUUCUCCACUGCGGCAAGCCUUGGCUGUGUCAAAAAGCUGGCCGCGACCCUGGUGCCCAUCGUUUGCGGGAUACCGCUCACUAUCUAUUGAUUGCGCACAUGAACCUGGCGUGCCUGGUCCAGCGCUUUCUGCCUCCCUCUCGUCCUCAUCGGCGGACCGUGGCGGAUGUCCCAUCUGAUGUCCACUCGUUCUCCUAUGGAUUCCUCGCUGUGUGAUAAGUUCACGGACGUCCUCCGCCAAGCAAUGGUCGUGACGAGCCAGAGCCAGAGCCAGUCGGGUAACACGUCGUGUUGAACCCGCUUGCUCACUGGCCCCAGCUUGAUCCACGUCAAGAAGCUACCAUGGUGCGCACCGAAUCGCCGUCGCGACCACUGCCACCGCAACGCGCUCAUUCCAACAACAGUGCCAAACACUCUGAUCGCUCGCAUUCUUCGUCUUUUGAGGCCGACGACGAACGGUCCAGCUCCGAGCACGAGAGGAUGGGCGAAGACCAAGGAUUCCGAGACAGCCCUUCACAGUAUGCAGGUGAAGACACUCGUCUUACAAGCAGGCAAGAGCUAUUAGGAUGGUAUAUGUAUGGAUUUGCAGCUGAGGUCUUCGUGAUCUGUGGCAUAGGAUCCUUCAUUCCUAUCACUCUCGAACAAUUAGCACGCGAAAAUGGAGUCCUUCUCUCCGAUGGAAAGACACCUUGCGGAUCCAGCUCCUCACACCCGCUGCCGGGCUUGAGUCCUAAUCCAGGUGCCACCAAAGACCUCGGACAAUGUGUUGUAUAUAUUGGGGGGUGGCAGGUCAAUACUGCCAGCUUUGCCAUGUACACUUUCUCACUAAGUGUACUGGCUCAAGCACUACUGGUCGUUUCAAUAAGCUGUGCUGCAGAUCAUGGCAAUUACAGGAAACGCUUGCUGUUGUUCUUCGCAUAUUGCGGAGCCGUGGCAACAAUGCUCUUCUUGCUCGUCGUUCCUAAGGUAUAUCUUCUGGCUUCCCUCCUGGCAAUAAUUUCCAACACUUGUUUCGGAGCUAGCUUUGUUCUGCUCAAUUCAUUUCUCCCUCUGCUUGUCCGACACCAUCCAAAGACCCAGUUUCAAACUCCCGAGGCGACUCCAGAUCUGCCGUCCACAGUCAUUUCGGGAGAACCACCAGAAGAUUCCCUCGAUGCACCAGAACCCGAACCAGACGCAACGACAGCUCUUCUGUCAACCUCUCCCAACGAUACACAACCCAAACCCCUAGCGAAAAACAUUACAUCCAUUGAGUUACGUCUUUCCACGCAAAUAUCCUCGACUGGAAUCGGCAUCGGAUACAGUGCCGGCCUGUUCCUGCAAUGCGUCGCCAUAAUCAUAGUUUAUUUCAUGCAAAGCACCACCUUCUCCCUCCGCGUAGUGAUAUUCCUUAUCGGAGCAUGGUGGUUUCUGUUUACAAUUCCAGCCGCAUUAUGGCUUCGACCUCGACCAGGGCCUGCGCUCCCGUCGAAUGACCCGAACAACCCUAGUGGUUCACGCACAUGGUAUCAAUACAUUGCCUAUUCGUGGGCAUCGCUAUGGAGAACAAUCAAACUAGCUCGUCGUUUAAAAGACAUUGUUCUCUUCCUCGCUGCUUGGUUUCUGCUCUCCGAUGCUAUUGCAACGGUUUCCGGUACUGCAGUCCUGUACGCCAAGACCCAACUCCAUAUGGCACCUUCACUCCUUGGCCUCAUCAACGUCAUCGCCACGACGGCCGGAGUUCUAGGCGCUUUCACCUGGGCUUUCAUCUCACGCACCUUCGGCCUCAAGCCCCACCAGACCAUCUUAGCAUGCAUCUGCAUCUUCGAGAUCAUUCCCUUGUAUGGUCUACUUGGUUACGUGGAUAUCGUCAAACGCUGGGGUGUAGGGGGACUUCAGCAGAAAUGGGAAAUGUAUCCCCUCGGCGCGGUUUACGGGUUUGUCCUGGGCGGUCUGAGCAGCUACUGCCGGUCCCUGUUCGGCGAACUCAUCCCACCGGGAUCCGAAGCUGCAUUCUACGCUCUCUAUGCCAUCACAGAUAAAGGCUCCAGUGUCUUCGGUCCUGCAAUAGUAGGGGCUAUUGUGGACCGAACAGGUGAAAUCCGACCAGCAUUUUGGUUCCUGGCUGUUUUGGUGGGAUUACCUGCUCCAUUGAUAUAUUUCGUGGAUGUGGAGAGGGGGAAGAAAGAGGGUGCUAAGCUUGCGGAGGUCAUUGAAGGCUUUAGAGGGGAGAGUACAGAGGCGAGUGAAGUGCAGAGUUUGUUAGUGAGUGAGGAUGAGGGGGAGUAUCAGGCGAGGACACAUGGGUAGUGAGUUUGUGUUUUAUGGUGUUGGGUUGGUGCAUAGGGUGGCGUUGACGGCAGCCUAGAGGCGUUUUGAGUAUCAGUAUCAGGACAAGUGGCAACACUAAUUGAAGUUGC